GCGAUUUCGUGUAAGCCAUCUUGAGGGGAAAUGUAUUGCCUAAUAACAGUUUAGCGCUUGAAACAACACCAAUGAUUGAUUAUUGGAAUCACGAGACUACAGCGGGUGGAACUGCAAUUAUGCCGAGAUAGUUUGCGGCUGCUUCAGUCAUCUCAUGGUGCCAAUUAAACAUUAGGACCAUGACUUUCUAUAUGGUCAUAUUAUGGCCAAUAGUUUGCUUUAAAAUAGAACGAUCAGUAUCGAUAGAUGAAGCAUUGCUAUACCGAAGCUGUUGUAGGUCUACUGGCUGGAAGAACAUAGUGCUUACUGACGGUAAAUACAAUCCAGAAACAGACAGGGCAAGACCCAAAACAUGGAAGGCAAAUUUCAGGUGUGCCAUCAACUCUCUGCCUGAUAUUGUUGAGAUUAAAGACCUUGGGACAAAACGAGGAAAUAAUGCAUUUAAGGUUUACAAGAUCAACCCAAAACGACCAAAAGCAAGACCUAAACAAAAGAUUGUAACUUCAGAGUCCACAACCGCUGGACCCACCACUAGUCUGCCAAAGAGGAAACCGCCAAGGAAACCACCGGCGCAGGUGAUAUCGCAAAGAAGGAAUGAAAUCGCAAAGACUACAGCAAUGUCGUGGGUAGCAACACCGUCCUACCAAACAACACCAUCAAAUGAUCUAAGAUCAGGAUGGCAACAAGCAAGGUAUCCUCCUAUAUUAUUGACACCUUCUGAGCCACAUCAGACUACAACGCCAGUAUACACACAAGAACUUCAAAACCAAUAUUCACCACCCUACUAUGCGGACCACAGUUGGCCAACUUCUCACAUUAAACCUGAGCCACUCCCUUCAAGACAUCACGACACAUAUGUAGCAUGGACAGAAACUGAACAUGAUCAAAAUAGUGAUUGUAGUAGUGCUCCUACAGAUGAAGAAAUAAUACAGAUGACCCUUGACAUGCAGGAGAACAGUCCAAUAUCAAGCCCAACAUCAUAUGAACAAACUGACUGGGUUCCCAGCACGUUUGGCGAUAAACAAUACCUUAGCAACGAACUGACUGUCACAAGGACGACAGCUAUGACUUCGCCACUGAAGGUUCAAACAACUUUCCCGACUAGUACUAGCCCACCUGCCUAUCCUAGUAUCAAAAGUGAGAGAGACUCAAGGUGUAGUCUAUUUGGAAACCCAACUAUGACAGGCCCACCUGCACCACCUCCCCCACCACCACCUUACCGGCCUACAAUGAAUUAUCCACAGAUAUUUCAGCACAUGUGAAAUAUUUGCAUGUGCAGAAUCUUCCUCUGCAGUUGAAAUAAUGUAAUGUGAUGAAAUUUUUGGACAACACUUCGAGAGGUUUGUGAUCAUCUGGACAAUGCCUGUCAUUUAUUGGUGAUAAGAUGAAGAGCCUGGAAUCAACUAUCUAAAACUAUAGAAAUUGUAUGAAAAAGCACUGCUUUGCUAAUCAUAGCUUAGGGAUUGGAUACCGACAAAGAAUUUUAUCUUAAAAUUUUCAUGCUAGUAAAAUAGCGAAUUUUUACAUUCUUGUCGGAAGUUCAAUCUUUAGCAGAUAGGGAAAGUCAGUGCAAUUUAAAUAGUGUCAUCAAGUCUUGGAACGGUGUGGUUUUGUAAAGUUGAUAUACAAAAGCUGGGCUAACUCUGCUCACUGUAGCUACGUAAACAAUGCCAGUACUGAAUAAUGCCCUUAUAUAAGGUUAUACCAAUUUCAUAAGAUCACUCCUGUUGUAUAUCCAAAAUGAUUAUCAUAUAACCUUAUAUGAACAUUGUGUGUGACAUGCAUGUUGAUUAGAUAACAUUUUCAAUGUCAGUAUAAGGCUUACCAAUUUGUUUCUGUUUUAGCAAAAGUGCCAACAGUGUGGAUAGUCCACUUACUGUCAACUAAUGUAAUGUAUAAGUUUCCUAGGAUCCGUCAGGUUAUCUUGGCCAAAUAAAAAAUGCUGAAGAGUUGUAUGCCGACAGGCCUGCUCUUGAAACAAUCAACCCCUUAGCAUCCUGGGCUCCAAGCCCUUAGAUUCAGAUGCAUUCGUAUGAAACUAUUAAGUCAAGCACUCACUCCGACCACCGGACAUCAGCUGAUGUGAUUCGAUGGAGAACGCAAUGCCACGAUGCACACGUAAUGGGUCGUUUCCAAUGACGAUCCGUUCAAACUGGCACGAGACAAUCAGCAGACAGCGUGACAUUGUCUCGUGCUCGCAUCCAUCCAAGUUAGAUUCGUUAUACGACCAUUAUACGAUGCAGUGAGUGCCCGGCUUUAAAGUACACAAAAUAUUGCGCUUAACUUUGUGGUCCUAGACACCUACCUACACUAUUAUUUCUGCCUAGAUUUAUCUAUGUGGAUACCAAGUAUCAGUGUUAAACAUUCCUACAUAUACACUACUUGAACUAAAAACACUAUGUUAGCUGCAACCUGUUUGAUCAUUUGAUUUUGGUGUUCCAUGACCAAAUGUGUGUUUAUAUGCCAUUUUUGUAAGUCUUAUGCAAAAAUACAGUGCUGAAUUAAUGUUACUACUGUCUUCCAUCAAUUCUUGUGUAACUUUUGUGCAAUUGCUAUUUUUCUGUUGGGAUUGCUCCCAAUUGAAAAAAAAUCGCUGAUUAUUUUAUUUGUAAUUUGCUGAAUAAAAUCAUAUUUACUGCUAAAAUACUGUUGUACAUAAACAAUUUAAGAUAGAAUUUCUAGUUUUUCUUUUAAAAAAAAAGCAUUGCUUCUAGUUAACUUGGAUCAGCAUUUGUUAGAGUAAGCUAAAUAAAAACUUAGGUUUUCACAAUUUGAAUGCUAUUUGGAUUGGUCAAUAUUGAUGUCCAUAAUAGUUCCAGUUUCAAGCGACAAAAUGAUAUGGAGAGAACUAACCACCACCAAUCAGCAAAUUCACCUUCAAAGAUUGUCGCUACAGGAAAGGUUCAAAGUUCAAAGAAUUUAUUAUCAAUAAAAUCUAACUUUUGUAUUAAACUUUUGUAAAUGCAUUUCUACUUCAUUUAUGAAUUCCAUUUUAACUGGACUUACAAUCAAAGGUUAAAUGUUAUAUAUUUAUCAAAUGAUUAACCUCCAAUAGCCAGGAAUUACAUAAAGUUUAUAAUUCUACAAAAGUCUAUGCAGGAUUGUAUAGUUUGUAUUUUUUUAGUAACUGGGAAUAUUUUGCUAAUUGUAAAAGUAAACAAGAUAGUUUUUCAUGCAUUUUUGGCCACUUUUUCAGGACAUUUGUAAAAAAUAAAUUUUCAAGAAAAAAAAUAGAAAAGAGGGUAGGAGCCUGAAUGGAGCAGAUGUAGGCCUACAGUAUGUUUGUAUUUCCCAUGCUGGUUCUUGGGACAGACUAUGUGUCAAAGUUGCUUGGAAUAAAAAUAAGAAAGAGUAAACAUUGGAA